UUAAUCAUACCAUUCAAAUAUAUGCAAUUUAUUUAAAAACAUUGUCGUAAACGUGUUUACUUCCUUUUUCACUUUGUUUAAUAUUUUUAUAAUGGAAGCGAAGCUAUUGUGGAAGUGGAUGUUUGUUAUCGUAAACUUUGGAAUAUGUAUUAUCUUGAAAGUUGUUACAACUCAAGAAACAGAGUUAAACCUUGCCUUAUCACCAUCAAUAGUGGCUGAAAAUAGUCCACAGACAUUGACAUGCAUGUACAGUGGUAGUCAAAGUGUUUCGGAUAUUGUAUGGACUGUGAACUCAGUCACCGUAGGUUUUUUUACACUCACAGGAGGAUCAUGCCAAGAUCUAUAUCGACCAAAUGCAACACUUUACAACCAUACCUGUGAUGUCAGUAUUAAAACUUUCACACUAACUAUUAAGCAUGUAAAAAGGAAUAACCUAAAUGACGAGUGGAAUUGUGCAGUUAAAGUACCUGAUGUUUCAACUACUUUUAUAAGAAGCAAUAUUGUUAAACCAAGAGUGACAGUUUUCAUUUCAUCAGUUAGUUUAACGCUUCCACUGACAAGUACACUCACUAUAAAUGAGAACACGUUGCAACAAUUUAGAUGUGUAACAUCAGGUGGAUUACCAGAACCCACAGUAAAAUGGUACAAUGAUUCGAGAACACCUAGUGCUACCAGUGACGAUAUUGAAAUAACAUCAGCAAUAAAGACAUCGUAUAGUAAUACAAGUGAUUAUUUAAUUAAAACAACAAGUACACUGACGUUUGUUCCAUCAAAGUUUGACAACGGGAUCAGCAUCUAUUGUACUGCAUAUAGUUCUUCAGAUCAGACGUCUUUAGUUUCUACACAGAAACCAAAUCUGGACGUCUUAUAUGGCCCAGAUGGUCCACCAGAGAUUUUAGGUUUUACAGACAAUCUCUCAUAUCGUGUUAUAGAAAACACAGCAGGACAGCUGACAUGCUUGGUCAGUGGUGGAAAUCCUCUUGCAAAAUUGAUAUGGAACUGUUAUAAUGAAGGCAAAUCUGACAUAACGCUUACUGAUGAAGUUUCAAAAACGGCAACAUGGAUAGCUAAACGUGGUCAGGACAGGACAUGUUCAUGUUAUUCAUCACAUUUUGCUGUAAAUGGAUCCGUCUCAAUCCAAAUUCAUAUUCUAUAUCCACCUACAACACCAGUAUUUUACAUAAAGUCAACUGAAGUGUCCGGAACGAUUAAAGUGAUCAAGAAUAACUCUGUGUCAGUUACCUGCAGCAGCACUGGUAAUCCAAAUCAGAUUCAAUACACAUGGACACAUAAUACUCUUACAACAUCUGGUUCAGUUAUGAAUAUAAACAGAGUACAGAGCGAUGGUCAGUAUACAUGUGAUGUACAGAAUUCUAUGGAUCCAUCAACUGACAGUACUGUUGCUGGAAGGAACUCUUCUUCUAUAGAUAUUAAAGUGUUAUAUCCACCUGUUAUAGCUGAUCUACAGAACAGAAGUAUUGCCGAAGGAGCGUCUUUGACAAUCAUUUGCCCAGUUACAGUUGGCAACCCACCAGAAACUAUAUUUAUAUGGAGAGCAGCUGAGGGUAGAGAAUGGAGAACACAAGAUCUAGCUAUAAAUAAUGUAUCAAGGAACGAUAGCAUGUUUUAUACUUGUGAAGUGGCAAACAUAAUGAAACAAACUGGACAGACACAAACAAGUACCACGCCGGACAGUAAACGUUUUUAUCUUAAUGUUUUAUACGGAGCAACAGUGACAGACUUCUAUGUUAGCAACUACGCUGGUGAAACAUCAGUUACAGUAAAUGAAGGUGCGGCAGUGUCGUUACACUGCGAUGUCGAUAGCAAUCCUGGGUCGGUCAUCACUCUGCAGUUUCAAACUGAUGGAAACGAGUUAUUGCGUGUCGUUGAUACCAAAUCUUUAGAGUGUAUACUCAUUGCUGCAACUUGCAUAGAUGCCGGUAUUUACGUAUGCUUAGCUUCCAAUCAACACAACUACAAACAGUCAGUGAAACAGCUACAUUUGUAUGUUAAAUGUUUGCCUCGACCGUCUCCAUUCAUCCAGCUAAAGGAAAAUAUAACAGUUGCUCAACAUCAAGAAGCAGUAAUAACUUUCACAACAGUUGCAUAUCCAGAGCCCACAAAAAAGGACUUCAAAUGGUCCAAAUGGAAUAAUUUGCAAUGGAUGUCACUGAUAAACGAUGCUGAAUAUCAGAUUGACAGUGAAGGCUUACAGUCAAAUCUCACAGUAAGAGAUGUCGACGAAACAUCGUAUGGAAAGUACAACCUGAUUGUGACAAAUACGAUUGGAAACCAUGUGUGGAUAUUUAAUUUAUUGCCUGAAGAUAAACCCGCGAAUCCCACUGGCUUUAAAACAUUACAGAAAAUAGUUACCGAAACAACAUUUACUGUGCAAUGGAAGCCAGGUUUUGAGAACGGACCUCAACAAGUAUUUAUUUUGAAGUACAAGAAAUCAUCUGAUAUCGGCUGGAAGAGUGUUCUUGUCUCUGAUACCGGUGAGGCACAAAUAAUUUACACCGUAACAGGAUUAUCAAAGGGAACAGAAUACCAGGUUGCCAUUUAUGCUUCAAACAAAUGGGGUAAUUCUUCGGAAUCCGAAAUACUACUCCUAAAGACUAAAGAUGGACCGACUGAAAGUAACUACCAUGAAAAUGGCAAUACUGCAAUCAUCGUAGGCGUUGUUCUUGGAAUAGUUAUUGGAGCUCUAGCCGGCUAUGCGAGUUGUGUUACAAUAUUGCUUAAGCGAAAACAAGAAAACCAAGGACAGCCAAGUUCAAGUUCCGUGGCUGAUAAUACGGGAAAUACGUCGACAUAUGCUAACUUAGCGUAUACACCAAACACCAGUGAAACAAAGCAGAACAGUCACACGCUAGAGGAUGCACCUAUUAUGGGAGUUGCCGACUAUACAACAUUAGAGGAACAGUUAAGGGAUGAUAGGUCAACGUACAAUGUGAUCAGUGCAGUCUCUUAGGACACCAAAUACAAGUAGUAACUUUAAAAAGAACACCUAGUUAUCACUAUUGUGUUUUAUAGGUCGGGUUACAUGAACUAAAAUAUCCUACCGGGCAGUCAUUUAGCUUAUUAUUGAAGGUAUGGUAAAUUUAUAACUCAUUGAAAAGUGGCCAGUAGUUGUGUUUGUAAAUAUAAACAUAUGACAUUAUUUUGUCUUGAUUCUUUCAUUUUUCAAUGCUGUGCA